AUGUGUUUCCAGCAAUGCCUCAAUGUGCACCACACCUCCCUCCCCACGCUCUGCAGCAUUCUCGACGACAACCAGCUGACAUGCACCAUCCCAUCCGCCAUGUUCACCAUGACCAAUCUCAAAUCCCUCGAUGUGAGCCACAACAGCCUGUAUGGGCGCAUCAGCCUCGACUUCAAGGGCAUGGUGGCGGAUGGGAACGCCCUCAUCAACUUGGCUCACAACUUCUUCUCCGGCGAUGCUCUGCUCUUGGUUGCUGGCAGCCGGGUCUGCCCCACUGAGGCCAGCAGGCUGAGCAACCUGGGUCGUGCCAGCACCUUUGAUGCAAUUGCCGGAAAGUGCAAAAGUGAUACAUCUGGCCUGCAGGAUUACUCGGUGGCAGGGGAAGGCAAGGAGGUGAGGGGGAGUGUGGCGGGCAACUGCCUGGCGCUCAGCCCAGACACAGAGUGUUCUUCCAAUCCCACCCAGCGCAGUACAGCAGCCUGCCAGGCAAUCUGCAGCAUCACUGCCAACGGCCCGUGUGACGGCCAUGGUGUGUGUGUGCUGUCUGCACCCGCCUCUCCCCCCAACUUCACGUGCCGCUGUGAUGCGGGCUAUUCUGCUAUUGAAUCAGGCAGCGGCUCGACAUGCGGCCUUCCCAAAGUUGCCGCCACCAUUGCGCGCUCUGCUGCCCUGCGCCCCGCGUUCGCCCUGCAGUCUGCGCGCCUGCUGCCUGCGUCGCCUACUGCCCGCGCGCGCCUCUGCUGCCCGCGUCGCCUACUGCUCGCGUGCGCCCUGCUGCCCGUGCGCGCCUCGGCGGCCAGCGCGCUCUGCUACCCUGCGCCCCGCUGCCCGCGCGCCCUGCAGCCCGCGUGCGCCCUGCAGCCCGUGCGCCCUGCUGCCAGCGCGCCCUGCUGCCCACGCGCCUGCGCGCCCUGUUGCCAGCGCGCCCUGCUGCCAGCGCGCCCUGCUGUCCACGCGCCCUGCGCACCCUGGUGCCCCGCGCCCCGCACGCCCUGCUGCCCGCGCGCUGCCCUAGCCGCACGUGCACAGCCCUAG